CGCCGCUGCCGCUGCAGGUGGUGACGGGAACAGGACAGGACUAAGCACAUGGACUGGAAAUUGGAUGGGAGUACUCAGAAAAUAGAGUCUCCUGUGCUGCAGGGUCAUGAAGGUGUCUUUGAGGACAGAGGUGAAGAUGGGAUCUCCGAAAGCUUCCAGCUUUUACAGAUAGAUGUGGAGUGCCAGGAGGGAGAGACCCUGCCCACAGGCAGUACAGCAUGGUGCUCGAAAAAUGUCCAGAGAAAACAGAGACACUGGGAAAAAGUAAUUGCAGCAAAGAAGAGCAAAAGAAAGCAAGAAAAAGAAAGAAGAAAAGCCAAUCGUGCAGAAAAUCCAGGCAUCUGCCCUCAGCACAGCAAACGUUUUCUGAGAGCUUUAACCAAAGAGAAACUUUUGGAAGCCAAACACUCAGGACCAAGAAUAUGUAUUGAUUUGAGUAUGACUCACCACAUGUCAAAGAAGGAAUUAAGUAGACUGGCUGGACAGAUCCGAAGAUUAUAUGGUUCAAACAAAAAAGCUGACAAGCCAUUUUGGAUCUGCCUCACUGGAUUCACAACGGACAGUCCCCUAUAUGAGGAAUGUUUGAGGAUGAAUGAUGGAUUUUCUAGUUACCUGGAAUACAUGGUCAGAUGUCAAAAUGGGAAAAACUAUCAUUCAAAGAUACUGGCCAUCAAUCAAGUGUUUGAUAUCCUGUCCACUUAUUUUGACACUCACAACUGGCCUGAAGCAUUGAAGAAAGGAGUUUCUUCAGGAAAAGGCUACGUUCUUCGGAAUUCGUUGGAAUGACUGGCAGCCUAAGAUUGCGGUUGCAAGAGCGAGUGCUGGUGGUGCCUUGUCCAGAGAGCAGGGCAGAGGGUAGCAAUGGCACACACUUGCCUUUACUUGACAUCUUGAAUCUUCAAUAAGCUACUAAAACAGGGACCAUAUUUUAUGCUCUUUUCUAUCUCCCAUAGUGCCUGGCUCACGGGAAGUACCCAGCUAUAUAUUCAGUAAAAAAAGUUUACAUAACAAGGAAUUAGCCACCAAACCACAUGGCUUUGGAAGUGUUAAUUCAUCUUUUGUACAUCUAUCUCUAUUUGUGAAAGACCUCCUCUUUGGAGAUUUUUUUUUUCUUGGAGAUUGUUUAAAUAAAUAAUAAUUGUUAUAUCAAGAGUUUAAUUUGCACUGAACUGGCAUCCUAAGAUUGUAUGACUUUCUCCACCCUCCUCUGAUCAGGCUGAUUCUUUCCCAACUCAGUAAAAUGCUAUACAUAAGCUUUGCAAAUCAACCUGGCCUGACCUAUCCCUAAUUUGUGUCCCCAUAGCACAGUGGUUCUCAAGCUUCCUAAUGCCAUGGCCCUUUA